AUGACGGCGCAGCGCUCGGCCCACAGCGCCGUCAAGCGCGGCCGCUCCACCGCAGGCGCCUCCACCACCUCUCGGCUGACGAUGGGGCCGCGGCUGAGCGCCGUCACUCCGCAGACAGCGGCCACGCACCGCGUCGUCCAGUUUCUCAAUGAGCGCACGCGCAACGGCCAGGGCUACAACGAGGGCCGCCCGCCGGCCACCUACAAGGACCUGGUCAAGGGCACCGGUCGCGACUUCGACGACGUGUUCACCUUCAUGUACGGAUUCUUCAGCCCGCUCUUCACCAUGGACGGCAAAAAGCGCGAGGAGGAGGUGCCGGCGCUGAUGAAGAUGCUCGGCUACCCGGGCCUCAUCACCAAGAGCCACCUGGUGACGAUCGGCUGCGCGCACAGCUGGCCGCCCGUGAUCGCCAUGCUCUCGUGGCUGGCCGACCAGGUGGAUGUGGUGUUCGGCACCGACCUGCUGUUGCCGCUCCUGCCGUCCGUCGACAACAACGGCUUCGCGGAGGUGGACGCCGAGGAGUGCGCCGUGAUCCAGCACGCGUUCGAGUCGUACGACCGCUGGCUGUCUGGCCAGGAUCAGGACGCCGACGCGCAGCGUAAUAUCGACCAGGUGGUGCGGGCUGUCGGCCCGCUUGAGUGCGGCCGCAGAGGCCGCCGCACGGUCUGA